AUUUUGGAUUCGGUGGUGUCUCGGUCGAGCGCGGGGCUUUAACGCCUUGAUCGUAGCUCGCGGAGGGACUCUCUGGCAGCGACGGGGUGUCUAGCGCGGGAACGCAGACAGCGCGGCACUGAGAAAGAGGGCUUCUCCCUGGGCAGUCAAAGCCGCAAAGGAUGAAACGAGGAAGAGCUAGUGACGACAGUUCAUCUGAAGAGGGUACUACAGAGAAAUCAAAGAAACUGAGGACUACAAGUGAGCAUUCUCAGACAUGUGACUGGGGUAAUCUCCUUCAAGACAUUAUUCUCCAAGUAUUUAAAUAUUUGCCUCUUCUUGACCGGGCUCAUGCUUCACAAGUUUGCCGCAACUGGAAUCAGGUAUUUCACAUGCCUGACUUAUGGAGGUGUUUUGAAUUUGAACUGAAUCAGCCAGCUACAUCUUACUUGAAAGCUACACAUCCAGAGUUGAUCAAACAGAUUAUUAAAAGACAUUCGAACCAUCUACAGUAUGUCAGCUUCAAGGUUGACAGCAGCAAAGAAUCCGCUGAAGCAGCUUGUGAUAUAUUGUCACAGCUUGUGAAUUGCUCUUUAAAAACACUUGGACUUAUUUCGACUGCUCGGCCAAGCUUUAUGGAUUUACCAAAGUCUCACUUUAUCUCUGCACUGACAGUUGUGUUUGUAAACUCCAAAUCCCUGUCCUCACUUAAGAUAGAUGAUACUCCUGUAGAUGAUCCAUCCCUCAAAGUACUAGUCGCCAACAACAGUGACACUCUCAAGUUGCUAAAAAUGAGCAGCUGUCCUCAUGUCUCUCCAGCAGGUAUCCUUUGUGUGGCUGAUCAAUGUCAUGGCUUACGAGAACUGGCCCUGAACUACCACUUAUUAAGUGAUGAAUUGCUACUUGCUUUGUCUUCUGAAAAACAUGUUCGAUUAGAACAUUUGCGUAUUGAUGUAGUCAGUGAGAAUCCUGGACAGACACACUUCCAUACUAUACAGAAGAGCAGCUGGGAUGCUUUCAUCAAACAUUCACCCAAAGUGAACUUAGUUAUGUAUUUUUUUUUAUAUGAAGAGGAAUUUGACCCAUUCUUUCGUUAUGAAAUACCUGCCACUCAUCUUUACUUUGGGAGAUCUGUAAGCAAAGAUGUGCUUGGCCGUGUGGGAAUGACAUGUCCUAGACUAGUUGAACUGGUAGUGUGUGCUAAUGGAUUACGGCCUCUUGAUGAAGAGUUAAUUCGUAUUGCAGAACGUUGUAAAAAUCUGUCAGCUAUUGGACUAGGGGAAUGUGAAGUCUCAUGUAGUGCCUUUGUUGAGUUUGUGAAGAUGUGUGGUGGCCGUUUGUCUCAGUUGUCCAUAAUGGAAGAAGUACUAAUUCCUGACCAAAAGUAUAGUUUGGAGCAGAUUCAUUGGGAAGUAUCUAAGCAUCUUGGUAGGGUGUGGUUUCCAGACAUGAUGCCCACUUGGUAAAAACCCUCUUACGGAGGGCAUGUUGAAUAGUACCUUAAUUUCAAGCAAAUACAUUAUAAUAAAAGUUUACUUGCUGUAGUUCUGAAAUAAUUCUAUUUUAUGGCACCAAAAUUUGCUAUUUCCAGUGAGUAUAUAAGGAUUGUUUAUUGGAAGACCUAUGAAUUAGUGUUGGUCAGAAAACUCCAUUUAUUUCUAUAGCUUAAUACAAUCAAAUCUCUGAAAAGUAAAAGAAAAAGGUGAUUUUUAUAUUUGAAAGUAAUAAGCAGUUAUAGAAACUAAAUAGUUUAUAGUCCGGUGGAAACAAAAACCUAUCUAAUAUCCAACAAGGGAAUGCUAAUAGGUUUUUUGAAAUGUUAUGUUCUCUAUGCAUUUUUUAAAAAAUGUAAACUUGACAUUCUUAGGGUCUUUAGUUAUACAUACACCUGUUAUAAGGUGUUUAAUAUAGCUCAGGAAAGUGAGCAUUUUGUGAGAAAAAUGUAGGAUAUACAGUAUAGUAUCUAAUGAAAAAAAUUGGUUAAAUGUUCUCAAAUGUUAUAAACCUGUUUAAAACAAGGAAUAUAUAUAAGUAAUUGGAACGCUUAGAAACUGGUAGUGAUCACAGGACAAUACAUAGAGCCAAGAUCAAAUUAAAAUAAAUGGAAGAGAAGGAAGGCAGUUAGCUUUGUAUAAACUUUUAGGAUUUCAUCUAUUAUCUGCUAAACCAUGUAAAUUCUUUAUUGAUAUGUUACUAUGUGUGUGGCACUUGAGGCAUUGUGAGGAAUGCCUUACCAGUUCUUGAUUUUCUUUGUUUAAACUAGUUUUUAAGUAUUAUUCAAUAAUUGAGAUGAAAAGCUUUUUUACUUUAAAAAAGCCAAAUUGUAAUCUAGAACUUUAAAAUGCUUAUAAAUUGUUUCCAUGAAAGAAUAUUAGUCUCUAGUGAAAUUUUGGUGAUGCCUCAUUUUCUAUUUUUGAGUUAUAUAGUUAUGUAAGUAGAAUUUUAAAUCAAAAAGUACCAGUGUACAGCUCAGUAUAAACAGUAAAUUUGAGAUAUUUAAAUUCAUAAUAUUUUUGAGUAAAUACUGCUCUAUGAACUGGAAAAUUUUAACAGAAAAACAUCUGCAGUUUUGUGAUUGUUAAUUUGGUUAAGCUGGUACAUUAUUUAAGUAGUGUUUCAUAUUACUUUAAAUAAAAGUAAACCCAUGCAUUAUAGAACCUGUAAAAUACUAAGUUUUGGGCUAUAUUUAGUUGGGUUUAUUUUUUUUAGAUAGUACAUAAACUCUGAUGAGUCUAGGCACUAGUGCUACCAUACCUUCCUAAGGCAAAUUGGAAGUGAUUUACCCCAAUGAAACACAUUAAUGCUUGAAAUGGCACUCAUCAGUAGUUUUACUUUUAGAAAGUAUCUUGGUAGUUAUGGGAGCUAACAGGCUAAAGCUAGAUAACCUUCUUUAAAAAUAAAAAGUGAUUUUCUAUAAUACAUGCUUUUCAAAAGUGGUAUUAGGGAUCAGGGAUAUAGCUUAGUGGUGCAGUCCCUGCAAGUUCUUGUGCCAAAAACAAAAAGCAUUCUAUCCUUCAGCCACAUAUAAUUGAGAAGAAUAAAGGAUCCAAAUUUGAACACUAAGAGCAAUUAUUUAUUAUUUCCCCUUUUGUUAAAUAGGAAAAAGCUUAGGUUGUACAAGAAAUACCAUGCUAGUGAAUUUUUCUUAAUUCUGGGAAAUGGAUUUGACAGUACAUUGUCAGUUCUACUAACCAAAGCUUUAUUUGAAAAUUCACUUUUUGUACAAAUUAUAUAAUGCUUGAAAUACCUUAAGUCACUUUAUAAGCAAAAUGUACAGUACUUAAUUUGUUUAUAUUGUAACAUAUGUUUAAAUGCUUUUAUCAAUUUGAGAAUAAAGAUAGUUACUAAUGUUGUA